UGCAGAGUAGUAAACAGCUGAUUUUGCAAACUAUAAACAAUGGCAUUUUGUAUUGCUGUAAUUGGAAAAGAUAAUGCGCCAUUGUAUCUGGCCACAUCGGAUUUAGAGCGAGAGCUGGACUUACAAUAUCAUGUACAUGCUGCGCUGGAUGUUGUCGAAGAAAAAUGUUUAAUUGGCAAGGGAGCACCUGAAUCCAAAGAAUUAUAUUUGGGCUUGCUCUACUCAACAGAGAAUCAUAAAAUUUACGGCUUUGUCACCAACUCUAGAGUCAAAUUUAUUGUGGUCAUUGAUUCCAGCAAUAUAGCUUUGCGGGAGAACGAAGUGCGAGCGAUAUUUCGCAACUUACACAUGCUUUAUACGGAUGCUGUUUGCAAUCCGUUUUACAUUCCGGGCGAACAACUGACAUCCAAAAAAUUCGAUAAGGCGAUACAAAAGCUUAUGACUGGAAAUGCUUAAGCUCUUAAAAUUUAAUACAUUUUAUGUAAUUUUCCAUAUGUUUUAUACAGUAAAUCAAAGGCUGUAAA